CUGUUUCACAGAAAGCCAGUGGCGGGGCGGGGGACGACUGAUCUUGGUAACUAUUCACCUUCUGACAUCAGAAACCUCCGAUGCAGCAUACGAGACUGCCAUCGCAAAAUCCCUGGUCGAGAACAUGAAGCUCCUUCCCCUCUUCACAGCUGCCUCCUGCUUCACGCCCCCAGGUCCCUCUUCCUUUGUACUACGAGUGAUGAAGUUUUUUUUCCAGAUCACAUGAGCCAGGAUGAAGGGGGAAAAUCCUGCCAGGAACAGAGAUGGGCUGCAACUUCAACCUGAUCAAGGGGAGAUACAGAGCAGCACCUUGAGAGCUAUAUAAGAAUGGGCUCGGCACAAGAGCAAACACUUUUUCAGGUGAAGGACUCCCAUGAAUCAGCCAUGAAUGUGAAUGAAGACAGCGUUUCAAGAAGGCUUGGAGCCACUAACAAAACCUGUUUGUAUUUCAUCAUCGCUACCCUUGUUGCAUUACUCGUUUUUGCUUUAGCCACCAUCAUGGUCUUGGUUGUUCAGAGGACGACAGCUGAUCCUGCCGUGGAGGGCAUCGCAAAACCUAUCAGGACAGGGAACACCUCCGAAGACUAUUUAAGAAUCCUACGGAAUGUCCCGACCAAGGGAGCUGCUGCGUACAUGAGAGUGUCCAAUCCAGUAAACAGUUUAAAGCUGAGCUUGGUUGAGAAGGGUGUUUGUGAAGACAUCCAGUGCAAGAGUGAAGAGCUGGUGAUAAGGAAACAAGGCCUCUACUUAAUCUAUUGCCACUUGAACUUUAAUUUUCCCAACUAUUCAAACAGCCCCACCGACCUCAAGAUAGAGAUCCUUGUGAAUGAUGAAGUCAACAGGCAAACAUUAUCCACGUGGUGCGCAUCAGAAACCUGCCAAGAAAAGACUUUCAAGACUUUGUUCCAGCUCCAUUUGACCUACCUGGAUGUGAAGGACCGAAUUUCAGUAACACUUAAUCAUCCUAAAUUCUUGAAUGAAAUUUCUCUUCCCAAUGAAAACGUUCUCGGGGUCUUGAGGUACAGCGAUUAAACGUGAGCAGCUCUCUGACUUCUGCUGCUGCCCAGGUUUCUCUUUCUCUGAACAGCAGCCUGCUUUUACUAGGCAACACCUUGUUUUAAAUUUGCUCUCUUACCUCAUUGCUAAGGGCAACGAAGAACUUUGUGAGUGUCCCAGAACGAAACCUAAAACACUGCAAGACCCACACCCAACAGAUUGCUCUGGUUUGGCUCAGGGUAGGAUUGUUGUUGGACUAUCCAGCAUAUAACCCACAGACCUGCCAAGGGUUCCUCAAAACAAUCUUGUGUAAACACAGAUUGAGAUGUAACUCGAUUAUGGGAAGAAUACGCAAUGCUGAGACUUCUUGGCUUAUGGACUGCUGGCAAGGUGUCUGUGCUCAGGAGAUGGGGAAAUCUUUUUAACUGUUUUUUAUGGAGUAACAUUUUGACAUGGUCUUUCCACAAGACUAACAGUCAAAGCUUGUCAUUAAGACUUUAUUUACAAAAGGGGCAUGCAACAACUCUGGAGUAGGUUUAUGGAUAGGUCGUAUGAAAGCAAAGAUGAUGAAAUUCUUGACUCUCAGCCUGGUGGCUAAAACUCUGGGACAGGACAUAGGAGAUUUGGGACUUACAAGAUAUUUCUGCACUGCAUUCUGCUAUGGAUUUUAUGCAAUCUACUUCCAAGUGUCUUGUUUUUCACUAUUUAUCCAUCUUUUCUAUUUAAAUAUGAAGCUUUUUGUAUAAGCACCACAUUCAGCCUUGCUUCUCACCUGGGGUUUCUAGACUUUUUCAUAACAAAUAUUAAAAUAGUAAUCGAGUUGCAAAUUUAGCCACAUAACAAAGUUCAUUAUGAUACAUUCUCCUCUGAUCCUGCCCUGCUUGUCUGGCAGCACCGUGUGUGACACCAGACCACAGUGGUGUGUAAACACACCUCCAACACCCGCACUUUCUGAAAACCCAAGAUUUAGAUCUGAGGUCCAGACUUUCCCCAAAUUUCAGGCCUGGCCCUCAGCUGAGAGCUGUGGCAUUUGGGCAGUCCGGAGAAUAGAUGUUAUCUGAGCCCCUCUGGCUUACCAGAAAGCUUAGAUAAUGAAGGGUAAAAGAGUGAUCUCAGACCCUCUUAUUCCAUGAGUUUCAGUAACACAGAAUUUACCUGAAAUGUAAUUCUUACAGUGUGGGGAGGGAAGGGACAAAAAAAGUUGCAAACACUGGUACCAGUUCACUCUUUCCUCUGUCCCUUCAUCCCUGAGAUCCCAUUAGUGUCUAUUUUCAUUGCUAUUCAGCUUUUUCCCCUUGCAUACCUGUAUCUUCUUACCUUUACCCAACUGGAGCUUGGUGGGCUGUUCACAUCAAAACAUUCAGUCAGAGAUUUAGUUUCUGCCUUCAGAAACUCAGUGAGUGUUUUAUAUAUUCCAAGUUUAGUUGAUGUUGUCGACUGAUGUAGCUUCAUUUAUGUGAGCACACUCAAAAUAUUCCUAAUAGUAGUAAUUUGCCCAGAAACCCAUGGUACAUGUCAGUGAAGUUGUGUCCUGUUCACCAGGUGACUUCAAAAUACACAAGAAACUCUCAAAUGGUCACGAGCGAUGGAUGCGAUUCAUUGCUAGAGUGAUAGACUUUCUGUUUUGAUAGACAUUGAGAAAAACAAAAAAUCCUUUUGUUAUUAAUGGUCAGGGGCAGGGUGUGGAAAUCCGUGUUUUCCUUUUUAUUUUUCCUCUUAAAGAAAAUACAUUAAUUUUUAUAGGAAUCCGCUUGCCCUGCCUAUGACAUUGUGGCUUCCACUGGAUGUCCUCACUCCUCUGGACACUAUGAAUUUUCCAUGUGUCUGAAUAGUUUUUAACCUCUAUCUGCCUCCACCUUGAUACACAUGACUAAUGCUCAGAGGAGUUUAAGCAAGACUGGUAGUCAGGAAUCAUAGCUCCUGAAUAUAGAAAAGGCAGCUAAUGAAUUAAAAUAUGCAUUUACUCACACAUAUUCCCUUCCCCCUGCCUCUCAUCGAAGGUUUUGAAUUGAAAGAGAAAGACCAUUCUUUAAAAAAGUAAAGCAGCUCCCUGCAUAGGAUGAUUUUAUUCUAUUAUUUUGCCAGAUGGAGAAAAUCCUGACAAAGCAGUGCUGAGCUUCUCAGCCCCAGGGUUUUUAAUACCACAGGCUAAAGCAAUCUGGCCUCUACUCCUUCGCCUCUGAGAAACAGUAAUAAAUUACAGCCAUAAAGGGAGCCCAUUAAUAGUGUGCGAUUUGCCAUCAGUUAUAAAAAUGUUAAAUAGCUUUCACUGGAACAAGGCCAUGAGCCAAGCAGCAGCCUUCACGGUUUCUGGCAGACUCCAAGCCACUUCACUCUUCCAUCCUUUUUCCUUCUCUUAUUUCCUAGUUUUUUGAAGCAGGUCAUUUUUGACAACAAGCCCGUGAUAAGAAAAAAAGGUCCAAGCUGAUCUUUUGAACAGUGCUGUGCCUUUUCAGCAACAUCAACAGCAACAAACUUUGGGGAAUGACCCAUUCCAAUGGCCACAGCUUCACCGUUUGCAGCAGACAAGCUUUUCUGCAGGAGGGUCCUCACUCCUCUGAGGAGCAACCUCAAACCUCCAGACCCUGCUCUGGUUCCCCACCCCAGGGCUCAGUCCUUGGGAAAGGAAGAACCACUGAAAGCCCUGAAGUCACGGAGAACUUUUGAAAAUCCGUCCCUUUGUCCUCAGAUGUGGCAAACAUGUGGCUUUCCGUGCAUGUGUUCUGUUGCUAACUUGACCAGAAAUGGGAACACGAGCAAUCUCACAGCACGACUGCUCUGUUGGGGUUUCUUGGCCCUUCCCUGACAACGAAAAGUUGUACUCUUAGACUAUUUUCUGCUUGGCUAAGGAACAUCUAUGGGCAUUAAUAUAUGUCAUUAUUCAUAAUCUUGGUUGAUAGGAAAACGGUGUAUUAUUGGCUUAAUUCUGUCGUUAAUUGCUAUAGAAAAUGUGAAUAGGGACUUAAAUAGAAGUCAAGUCAAUGCAAUAUGCUUCCAUCCAAGCUCACCCAGGGGCAGCAAACGAAAAUCAGAUUAAGUUUAAUAUCAGAGAUUAGAGCUGGAUCUGAAUGUUACCACAGCUAUGAAGACUUUGAAACCAUGACUGCAAUUAGACUUCUCAAGGCUUGAUGACACCUCCCGUGAAAUUGGCCUGAACCCAAACUCCUCAACGCUCAGAUCUGAAAAUUGCGUCACGGUUUAUCUGACAUAGAUUCAUUAUUUAGGCUACGCGAGUGCUUACUGAGGGACUUGGAAGUUUUGCGUUCACUUCACUUCUGUGUUUGGUUUUUAUUCAUUUUCUUUUCUUCAGCACUUUGCACAGGGAGGAAAUAUCAUAGUCAUUUGGGGAGAAAUCCUUUGUUGUGCCAUGGGCCAGCCAAAAUGCACAGCUAUCCUACUUUAAAGAUCCCGCUUGGAUCAACAGUGCAUCAACCUUCUCUUGCAAGGUACCGACAUGACUCUGCACCCCUCUUGUGCACUCAGAUUCCAUUAGAGACCAAAAAACGUUCUGCAAAAACCUUGGCCAUGUGCUCAUGCUCUUAAAUUAACAUCAUCAUUCUUUGGAUGCUAUUAGACAAAAAAAUUGCAAGCAGCUCUAUUGUUUUUUUCAAGCGCCCUAUCCUGAAGUUAAAGAAAGGGACUGCUUGACACAAAUAACCAACCAAAAAGCAAAAGAGAUAAGAAGACUUUGCAUUUUGGGACCUCUAACUAGGCCUUACUGAAAUGGUAAAACUGGUGUUUGGUGCAAAUAGCAAGGGAAAACCUCAAAGCAAAGGCAGCUUCUGUAGGAGGAAUAACUGUAAAAAUGCAAAUUCUGGGAAGCAACAUUUGUGGCAGCAGGAGUUGCACUCAAUGACCUUAACACCUCUUCCAGCCUUGGCUUUUUAUGGUUAUUACAGGCUCAGUUUCACGGAGGACUAUGAGGAUAACAGAGUUUUGGAAAAACAUUUUAGAAAAGCACGUUCUGCAGCCAUGCUCUCCCCACCCCAUCCCCAGGAGAGCUCAGCCGAAGUGGUUCAAAUUUCCAAUUGCUCUUUUCAAUGCUGAACCCAGGAGCCUGACCGUUUGGGGUGAAGGAUCAUAGAGACCAAAGAAGGACAACAUGGCACGUUCUGAAAUGCAGGUGCUUCCAUGGAGAGUGAAGGUGGUGAAACCCCAUCUGCAUCAGGACCAGAGCCCUCAGCCCCCUGCGCUCAGCAUCCGCCUUGGGCUGCGGGUACCAGCCCCCAUCCUCUGUUGUAAGACCAGGAUGUCGUACAGCAUGGGUAAAUUCAUCAUGCCAUAUCCUGCGGUAUUGGCACACCAUUUCCCUUCAGCCGUGUCCACAGCAGCUAAAUUUAGGAUCCCUGCCUGUCUCUAUAGCCAGAGUGAAGCAAGAACCUCCAGGAGGUGAGUCAGAACACCCAAAAUAGCUGCCUAGACCAGACAUCCUCAGCUGCUGAGGUUUUGCUCAGUCCCGUCACCAGAUCUUUGGUCUCAACAGCUUCCAUGAUCUCAUUCAAUUCAAGAUAAAUAAAAUAUAAUUCAAUCUAUGGAUUUAUAAUUUAUGGACACUUUCUACAAAUGGACACUCCUUUGAGGACAUGGAAGGCUCCUGGAAAGCCCACGGCCCUCCAGCAGAACAUGCUUGUGAGGUAAAACACCAAAGUCAAUGGAGCAAGUUGUUAAAUUUAUGGACACAGAAGAAUAAGAUUUGCCUGCUUAGGUCAUUUUCAUUCCCACCAGCACCUAUCGCUUGGACUUGUCCAGGACUGACAGAGGAAGAGCAACAUUUUGGAAUUAGGCACCAAUUUAGUACUUUGGUUUUGCAGUGACUGUUUUUGCAUCUAAAACUGUUUAGGAAGCACUUGACCUUUUUGUUUUUUUCAUUCCUUCAUUUUACAUAUUUUAAAUGUCCUUAUUUUUCUAGUGUUCUGCUUCUUCCUCUCUUUGUUUCUUCUUCUUCUGUAUAAAAGUGGACGGGAAAAAUCAAAUAAAAUAUAAAGGAGAAAAAAAG